CACCGCCUAGGCUUGCCACCGCGCCAUGCGCGGCGGCCUCGCAGCUCAAAACGUGGCCUGCGCCACUGUACACUUGUACCCUCCCCUCGCACUCGUCUUGCAUCACCACCCUGCUCAUCGAGCCAUCGAGUCUGCAUAUGCAUAUGCUAAUUAAUUAGUACGGAGUACUCGUGUAUUUAUUUCACUCACAUCCCUCUCAGGCUCUCACAGUCACUCUCGCUCUCAGCUCGCCGGCUCUGUUCAUUCCCUCGCCUCUCUUCACCUCCCUAGCUGUACCUUUCCCCGCCCCACCUCGUCCGUGUCCGUGUCCUUCCUCCCGGCCCGGGGGCAGCAGGACAGCCGGGGCAGGCGCGGCCGGUGAUCUUGGUGGGCUCCUGGAGUCCUGGUGGGGGUGUUGUGUGCGGCGAGGGCGGCGGCGGAGCUGGGCCGGAGGCAGCAGGGAGCCGGAGAGGGGAUGGAGGCGGUGGUGGACGUCAAGUACAUGCCCACGCUGUUCCUGAACGGCGGCGGCGCGGCGGCUGCGGCGCCGGGCAAGAAGACGAGGCCCGCGGUUGCGGCGUGGGGCGCCGGCGAGGCGUGGGUGGCGUGGGUGUACCGGGAGUGCCUCAAGAACCACGCGGCGAGCCUGGGCGGGCACGCCCUCGACGGGUGCGGCGAGUUCAUGCCGUCGCCGGAGGCCGACCCCGCCGACCCGGGCUCGCUGCGGUGCGCCGCGUGCGGCUGCCACCGCAACUUCCACCGCCGGGUCCACGAGGCGCCGCCCUCGCCGCCCCUCCUCGCGCUGCCCCCGCCCCCGCCGCAGCCGUCCGCCGCGCCGCACGUCGCGCGUGACGCCCGCGCGCCGCGGGGCGAGGAGGCGCCAGAGGACCGCCUGCCGGCGGCCGCCUUCGACGACGAGACCGAGUCGUCGGACGAGGAGGGGUCGGACUUCGACGAGGACCGCCCGCUGUCGCCGCUGCCGGCGCCGGUGGUGGGGAUGCCGGGCUACCUCCCGCCGGCGCCGCACAUGCACCUCGCGCUGGGCACCGGCGUGCCGGGCGCCUCUACCCCCGUGGCCGCGCCAAGGCCGCCCGCGCCCCCGGGCCCGGCGGGUUCGCCCGGCGCCGCGGCGGCGCGGAAGCGGUUCCGCACCAAGUUCAGCCCGGAGCAGAAGCAGCGGAUGCAGGCGCUGUCGGAGCGGCUCGGGUGGCGGCUGCAGAAGCGCGACGAGGCGGUGGUCGACGAGAGCUGCCGCGAGAUCGGCGUCACCAAGGGCGUUUUCAAGGUCUGGAUGCACAACAACAAGCACAACUUCGUCGCCGGCCACAGCGCGCGCCGCAGCGCCUCGUCCUCCUCCCCCGCCGCCGCCGCCCCUCCUGCCGCCCCGGCGCCUCCUCCCCCGCCGCCGCGCGCGCCCGUCCACGCCGACUUCAACAUCAACGGCACCGCCGACUACUUCCGCGUCGUCCAUCCGGUGCCAUCGACGGCGAGCGGCGCCGACUCCCCGCUGUCCGCCUCGUCGCGCUAAUCAGUCGUGGCUCUCUUCGUAGCCUCGUGUCUAAUUAACCAACCAACCCUAAUGCAUGGCGCUGGUGAAGCUCGCUGGUCUUUGUUAAUGGUGGAGCCCAAGAAAGAUGUACCAAAACGUGGGCUUUCGGGAUCUGACGAUGUAAUGAUGAUUCAGGAUUAGCGCUGAUGAGUACAGCACUAGCAGGUGGUAGAUUGGUGCUUAGCCGUAGCAAAUUGUUCGUGUUCUUGAGCUGUGGAUGAUGGUCGCGGGUAUUUGUCUUCAUCUUGGCCUCAAGCUGUUCUCGAAUGCUUGUUCCAAUCAAAUUGUUUCGAUGAGUUCCAAA